AUGGUACCCUUCCAUCAGCUGAUCUUGCUUGUGGUACUGUGUUCAGAUAGCCAUGCCCAGCUUAUUCCCCGUAUGCGUCUUGGCAUGCCUGGCGGUGUGCGCGGCCCAGGUGCACUGGGAAUGGGGAGAGGGAUGCCGGGAAUGGACCCCAGGAUGGGUAGAAUGUCGAUGGGGAUGGACCCCAGAUUUCCUGGAUCCAAUAAUCCUGGGAUUCAGGGGAGGCCAUCUGGAUCUGAUCUGGGGUUCGGUUCAGCACAACCUGGGUUUAAUCAGGGAUUCAAUGGCCGGCGGCCUGGGAUUUCUUCGGGCAUACCGGGACAGAUGGCCAUCGAUCCAAGGAUGGGUCCAGGAAGGAUGGGCAUGGACCCCAGAAUGGCUUCAGGACGGAUGGGCGUGGAUCCCAGAAUGGCUUCAGGGCGGAUGGUCAUGGGCCCCGGAAUGGCUCCUGGGCAGAUGGGCAUGGGCCCCGGAAUGGGUUCAUCACAAAUGGGCGUGGACCCCAGGAUGGCUUCUGGGCAGAUGGGCAUGGGCCCCGGAAUGGCUCCAUCGCAGAUGGGCAUGGGGCCCGGAAUGGGUUCAUCACAGAUGGGAGUGGACCCCAGAAUGGCGUCAGGGCAGAUGGUCAUGGGCCCCGGAGUGGGUUCAGGACGUAUGGGCAUGGACCCCAGAAUAGGCAUGGGUCAAAUGGAUCCAAGGCGACAAUUGCAGAUGGGUGUGGAUCCAAGAAUGGCUCAAGGACAAGCUUCUGUGGAUCCAAGAGGAAUUGGCAUGAGAGGUCAGAUCGAUAGAUUUGGCUUCCAGCCCACCUCAGACAAUGGAGGCAUACAACAACAGACCUUCAACCUCAACAAUCAACAACAGCGACAGCAAUUCAUCAACUCGGCCAAUGGAAACUCUCAAUCUAGGAGCAACAGUGGUUCAAGUUCGUUCAACAACCAGAACCAGAUCGGAGUACAACAACCUCUCAACAAUCCCGCAGGUCAGCAAGAUCCGCGAUUUGUAGGACCUCAGUCCUCUGCAGGUCUUCAUCCAGCUCUUCAACGUGGUCUUCAUCCAGCUCUUCAGCGUGGUCUUCAUCCUGCUCUUCAACGCGGACUUCAUCCUGCUCUGCAACGGAGAAUCCACCCAGCGCUUCUUCAGGGGGCACACCCAGCGUUGCAACAGGCCCUUAGCUCCGGAAUACAUCCUGCACUUCAGGGAGCUGGACCUUUGGGCCUUGGAUCUGGUCCAACACAAGGUCUUACAAGACAAGGAACUGCCUCUAAUACUAUAAGUUCAUCAAACCAGGGGACGGGGAUUGCACCGGGACAACACACGAAUACUGCAAGUAUUCACAACGUACAAGGCAGCAGCUUGAGCUCCCUACAACAGCAGGAACGACUCAUCAACGGCAUUCCCUCCAAUACCCUCCCAGGCCGCCCGGGAAUAUCGCCUGGAGGAACAAUCGGACAUGUUGACCCCUUGGAGGCUCAACUUCGGAAUAUACAUCCGGGUCAUCCAGCUCUACAUCCGGGUAACCGUCAUCCCAUGGCAGUUCCACCACACCUGCGCGGCCCACGUCCACAGAUUCCAAUUAUCUAA